AUGAAGGCUAUUGCUCAGAGUGUGCCUGGGGAAGAGGAGUGGCCUCACGGCAGCCUCCGCAAGGGUGAUUGGCUGAGGCGGCCGUCAGCGGGGCGCGAGGGGCGGGCCUCGGUUGCUAGGGAGCGGCGCGGGGGACCCGAGGGCACUGCGGCGGCUGCGCGGAGGAGCGCGGCGCUCGCUGGGGUCGGGGCUGCGCGCCGGCGCGGGGGCUGCGGGGAGCGCAGCCGCCAUUGCCGCCUCGCUCGGGGCCUCCGCGGCCGCCGGCACCAUGGGCCAGUGCGGCAUCACGACGCCCGGCUGGAAAUCGGACACCCUCACGCGCUCGGGUUCCGCGUCGUUGUUAGGCCCGCAACGCUGGCGCGCAUCUGCGGGGACAGGGACUCGGGAGGGGUCCGGGCUGAGGGGUCUGACUCUUUAUUGGUACUUUCUGAUAUCAAGGGUUUUAUUCUGUUAAUUGAUUACUUCAUCAAGUUCUGGGGGGCAGCUGGCAUCUUAUGCUAUGUGGGGGCCUAUGUCUUUAUCACUUACGACGACUACGACCACUUCUUUGAAGACGUGUACACGCUCAUCCCUGCCGUGGUGAUCAUCGCCGUGGGAGCCCUGCUUUUCAUCAUCGGGCUCAUCGGCUGCUGUGCUACCAUCCGAGAGAGUCGCUGUGGACUUGCCACGUUUGUCAUCAUCCUACUCUUGGUUUUUGUCACGGAAGUUGUGGUGGUAGUUUUGGGAUACGUUUACAGAGCAAAGGUGGAAAAUGAGGUUGAUCGCAGCAUUCAGAAAGUGUAUAAGACCUACAAUGGAACCAACCCUGAUGCUGCCAGCCGAGCUAUUGAUUAUGUACAGAGACAGCUGCAUUGCUGUGGAAUUCACAACUACUCAGACUGGGAAAACACAGAUUGGUUCAAAGAAACAAAAAACCAGAGUGUCCCUCUGAGCUGCUGUAGAGAGACUGCCAGCAACUGUAAUGGCAGUCUGGCCCACCCCUCCGACCUCUACGCCGAGGGGUGCGAGGCCCUUGUUGUGAAGAAGCUGCAGGAAAUCAUGAUGCAUGUAAUCUGGGCAGCGCUGGCAUUCGCAGCAAUUCAGCUGCUGGGCAUGCUGUGUGCGUGCAUCGUGCUAUGCAGAAGGAGUCGGGAUCCUGCGUACGAGCUCCUCAUCACUGGCGGCACCUAUGCGUAGUGGACGCCUCGAGCCGGAGCGUUCAGUCUCGUUCUGACAGGAAGGUGAAUUGAGCAGGUCUGCGGUGUCGGCCCUGAGUGCAGUUAGGUGAAGCACAUGCGCUGGUGUCGGACAGAGCAGCUUGGCUUUCAUGUACCCACCUACACCCCACCCGCCCGGGACUUACUUUCCUCUUGUUCUAGCAGACUCUUCGUGCCCCUAAGUUUUUGAGUACAACGGUAAAUGUUCUAAUUCCAGAACCAACUGCGAGUUCCGUAGUGUGGUAGAAUUACAGGAGGACGUGGCCUGCUUCUGGUACCUCCAGGCAGUGAUGGGACUGAUGCUGAUGGUCACCAGGUCCUUCCAGACUUCACAAUGGAGAACUCUUGGCCAAAGGUUUUUGUGGGGAGGGGGAGGAAGCCACCUAUCUGGUUCAAGUUAACACCAGAUGGUACCCCUCAUCGGCGUCCUUUUAAAAAUAUAUACUGUAGUCCAAUAAGAUAGCAACUGUACAAAAAGGCUAAAAUAGAUUCUAGAGUCAUACAAUGUGUGUCUUGGUUCAUCUUCAAAAUCAGACUGAUCUUUGAGACUAGUGGUUUUUAAUCAAAGCUGGCUUUAUAGGAGGAGCAUAAUGUAUGCACUACUGUUUUAAAACAAUUAGUAUGAGUGUGUGUGUUUUAUAUGAAUGAGCCCAUUCAUAUAAUUCUUAAACUUGUUAGAAUUAAUGUACCCAUGUAGACAAGCAAAAUAGUACAUAGAUGUGAUCUCAGUUGUAAAUAGAAAAAUCUAAUUCAAUAAACUCUGUAUCAGCCCUCAA